AUGGAUCUCAAUGGCAUUGCCUCUUCAGCGAGUACGCAACAAUCACAAUGGUUGAACUCACUUCGGACAAAACAGUUAGCUCUGACUCCAUCACUGAUGACUUCUUUGUUUUCAAAAGAUAGCCCAAGAAAUAAGAAAAAGAAAGCUAUUCAUAUUUACGGCAGCAGUACCGGAGAGCAGUCAGUUGCGGUCGUCGCAACAGUGAGAGAUGUUUCAACUCGCCCAAACAGAACAAUAUUGCAAGAAAAGAGCACGAACAUACCUGUUGAUCGUACCUCGAAAGAGACCUCUAACGAAACUCACAAUAAGAUGCUGAUAUCUUCUAUUAUACAGCCUAUCCCAGAAGCAUUACCAGCACAGCCAAUUAUACCAGUAUCGCGAGAUGAACCAGAGAAGAUAUGCAGAAGUCGAUCUCUGCCUCGAAAUAUUCCCCUUGAUGCCGAGAAUGGAAUAUUGCAAAGAAUAAAUAGGACGAUCAAGAUACCAGUAUAUGAAAUUGAUUCUGAAGAAGGAGUAGCUGACAGCGAAGAAGAGAUCGAAUGCAUAACCAGUUCACAAUUUGGGCUACAAGUAAAAGAUGUAUCAGAUUCUCAGCAAAAUAAUUAUGAGCUUACUGAACGUGUGCUAAAUUUGCAAGAGGCAGAUUUGAUCACAACAGAACUGCAAUAUGUUCCCACCGACUCUCAGUUGUCAAAUCCUAAUUUUCAGACUGAGGACUUGACAGGUAGUUAUGGAAUUGAAUGCAAUGAUGAGUACUAUGGUUCACAACCGGCUAUCUCUCAAACACAAAGUCAUAUGAUCAUAUCACAAUCAGUUGCACACGAAGAAGAGAGUCUCAAUUAUAGAGAAGAUAAUUCAGAACGAGAAAAUCUUUCGGAUUACGUGACAGAUAGAGUGGAUCUUUCAAACAGAAUCGAAAUAUCAGAAGGUGAAUACUAUAGUGACGACGAGAAGGAAAAAAUCCAAGAUCCUGAGAAUAUCUCAUUUGUUCAUGAAGCCAAGCUCAACAAUAUACCUGAAGUAUUACAUUUACCAGAAGAAAACAAAAAUGACGAGAAAAAGAUAAAUUCACCGGACCAGAUUACCCAAACUGAAGAUAUCGAAAGUAAUGAAGAUAGUGUUGAUCCAGUGACAGUUAUAGAACUUCCAGCAAAGUCUCUUUCAGUUACAUUUUCAUACAAAAAGAAUACAACCCCGCAUCAAUCAGGUGAUAGCACUAUUGUCGAGAAAAGUACCAAGGUAGAGAACUCGUCUAAAAAGCAAGGAACUAGCGAACGAAUUGAGACUACG